AUGUUCUCCCGCUCCGCUACCCGUUCCAUCGCCGCCUCGGUCCGUCAGGCCCAGGCCGCCCGUGGCUACGCCUCGGUCACCUCUGCCUUCGCUGGCAAGAAGGACUCGGCUGGCAACUACUCGGUCACCCUCAUCCCCGGUGACGGUAUCGGUCCCGAGAUCGCUGAGUCGGUCAAGAAGAUCUACACCUCGGCCAAGGUCCCUAUCGUUUGGGAGGAGGUUGACGUUACCCCCAUCCUCAAGGACGGCAAGACUGUCAUCCCCGACGAUGCCAUCUACAGCGUGAAGAAGAACACCGUCGCCCUCAAGGGCCCCCUUGCCACCCCCAUCGGCAAGGGCCACGUCUCGCUCAACCUCACCCUCCGUCGCACCUUCAACCUCUUCGCCAACGUCCGCCCCUGUGUCUCGAUCCAGGGCUUCAAGACCCCCUACGACAACGUCAACACUGUCCUCAUCCGUGAGAACACUGAGGGCGAGUACUCGGGUAUCGAGCACGUUGUCGUCGACGGUGUCGUCCAGUCGAUCAAGCUUAUCACCUACGAGGCUUCGGAGCGUGUUGCCCGCUACGCCUUCCACUACGCCCAGGAGUCGGGCCGCAAGCGCGUCACCGCCGUCCACAAGGCCAACAUCAUGAAGAUGUCCGACGGCAUGUUCCUCACUGCCUGCCGCGCCGUUGCCAAGGAGUACCCCGACAUUGCCUACGACGAGGACCUCCUUGACCGUAUCUGCCUCCGCAUCACCCAGGACCCCUCCCCCUUCGCUGACCGCGUCAUGGUCAUGCCCAACCUUUACGGUGACAUUCUCUCCGACCUGUCGGCCGGCCUCAUCGGCGGUCUCGGUCUCACCCCCUCGGGUAACAUUGGUCGCGACGCCUCCAUCUUCGAGGCCGUCCACGGCUCCGCCCCCGACAUUGCCGGCAAGGGCCUCGCCAACCCCACCGCUCUCCUCCUCUCGUCGCUCAUGAUGCUCCGUCACAUGGGUCUCAACGAGUACGCUGCCCGCAUCGAGAAGGCCACCCUCUCGACCAUUGCUGAGGGCAAGGCCAUCACCGGUGACCUCGGCGGCAAGGCCUCGACCUCGGCUUACACCGACGCCAUCAUCGCCAAGCUCUAA